AGUAACUCAUGUGCGUGUGCUUGGCCACUGUUUUUCUUUCACUUUUCUCAUACGUGCAAAGGUUGCAUUUCACGACUGGCCGUCACAUGAUGCACAGGGAAGUGCAAGGUGCCGCCUCUCCGCAGGGGACCAUCUCAGACGCAGGAAAGUUGUGCUGAAAAUCCAGACGCUGGGUGACACAGCGCACACAUGCUGAAACUAAAGCCAAAGUUUGAUCUGCACAGAGAUGUGGUGUCAGAUCUGCUCAGGAAAGAAGCGUCGCUCUGUAGAGUCAAAGAUGAGGCGGCCAGCACAUUUUCACUGUCAGGUGUUUCUGCAGAAUACUCCGGCCCGGUGGACACUUGCAUCCUGAACAUUGAGAGAGGUGGGGGAAUUCUCUACUCAUGGAAGGGAGCGACAGGGACCACCAAGAUUGGGAAAUAUGAUCCCAACACCAAACAGAACAAGCUCCUGUAUACAUUUGACCAGCAGGUGUGUGUUAGCAGCUGCUCCCUGAACAAGGAGGAGACGCUGUUAGCUGUCAGCCUGGCACAGAGGACCAAAGGACAGGAGCGCCUCAGACCAAUGUCCAAGUGUUUAACCCUCCUGAUCGAGAUCCACCCCAUCAACAACACCAAAGUCCUCAAGGCGGUAGACUGCCGGGUCAGAGUGCAGUUCCUCUAUCCAGAGACAGACAGGAGCUCGGUGCUGGAGAGCCACCUGCUGCUGCUAACAGAGGACGGAUAUGUUGAUCAGUAUCACAUUCUGCUGACCAAACAGGAAGGUUACCGAGUGGUGGUGGUGAAUCCAGACCGUUUGUCCAAAGCAGUGGAGAGAGUGGUGGAAGACUUCAGCUGGGUCCAGUGGGAUGGACACACACAGAGACUCUACUACCUCACACACAGGGAGAAGUCUGUGCUGCACUGUGUCCAGUUUUACCCCAACCAUAACUGUGAGACUGUGUUGGAGCUGCAGCUCGAGUUGCCUGCUAAUCCCUUCAGCAAAGUCACGUUUGUUAACCUAGGUUUUGAUCAUUACCAUGCCGUGAGACCUGAGCAGGAGCUCAUUAGGAUGGAAGUGUUCACAAACAGAAUAGGCAGCAUGUGUGUGUGCUGGAGCCACGCUCCUCAUGACAUUCAAGAGCUGACCUACACUCUCGUCUUGGUUCACAAAGGCUGCAGUAAGAUGUUCAAAGUGUCUUUGGACAGUGGCGGGUCGUGCCUGAAAGCCAAACAGCUGCAUCCUCUCUUCAUUCCCAUGGGUUACUACAUCCUGGUGUGUCUGCAAGGUUAUUUUCUGCACUGUAUCAACACCAGGCAGCAGGAGAUGCUCUGUCACUCCCUCUUUCUCUCCGGUCGUGACGCAGUGCUGGGCCCGGAAGGAGAGCUGACUUGUGCCUCAGUGCUGGGCGGUGAGGAAGAGACCGGCACGGCUCUGUUGGACUUGUCCAGCGGGAAGAUCUGCACUGCCGAGCUCUGCCCCGCCUUCCUGCUGCAGAUUCUCCGCGCAGACACGCCCUCCUGUGCGGCGAGCAGGACUGACCGACAGCGCUUGGCCGCCCUCCACUGCCUGCUGGUUUACAUGGGAAACGAUCCAAACCUGGAGCUCAAGAUUAUUGAUUGGCUGUGUGACAGCGUGACAGCCUUUGGGUCCUUUGAUCAUAUCCAGGAGUUCAUUCUAGCGUCCUUGUACCGGAUCAGCUACGACAAGUCUCUCGGUCUGGAUAAAGUCUUGCCUUACUCCUCCGUAUUCGACAAGAAGGAAAUACCGAUGUGCCUGCUGGAGGUGCCUGGUGUGUCCUGCACCACCGAGCUGCACACUGAGCCUGUCUUCAGAGGGAAGGCCAGGGGUCUCCAGGGGUUCUGGUCGGAGCUGCAGUGGAACACAGAGAAGAUGAAAUAUCUGGAGGCCGUUCCUAACCCCAGAUACAGAACGUCAUACAUACAGGCCGACUGGGAUAAACUGAGGUCGGAGACGAGAAGCUCAUCCAGCCACCCGAAGCACUUGGAGGAAAACACCAAGAAAGUUCUGUCCGUGGUGGACACCUGGAGUCUCGAUAAGAAGCUGGUGCCACUCUUCCAGGAGGAAGACCACCAACAGAGGGCGCUCAUAGGCCUGAUGGUCGAUAAGCUUCGAGAACAUCUCAACAGACACCUGCCUCGACUAGGCAAGAAGAAGAUCGACUCACUGGUGGUCAGCUACGUGGCCAAACUGCUGGAGCUCAUCAGACACAUGCUGGAGUCAGUAUGGCUGAAGUACAAACUUGGCCCUCAUGUUUUGUGCUUGACACAGCAGGGCAGUUCGGCAGAGUGGGCCGUGUUUCACUUCAUGCUUCGGAUCCUGGAAGCCACGAGGGGUCUCUGUCUGCCCCUCCCACCUGGUUACCAUACUCUGUUGGCGGUGCUCGGCGUACGUUGUCUCCCUCAUCAAACCUUCCUGCAGUACAUCGACCAUGGGCUUCUUCAGCUCUCUGAAACGUUUGUGUCUCGGCUCAUGACAGCUUUGGACAACAGCGAUGCCAAUGAGAAACUCAAGUUCAGCAUUCUGAAGAGACUCCCUGAGCCCAUGGAGCAGAGGAUCUACCAGCUAUGGGACCAUCCUGUCAGUUCAGCUUCAAUUUCCAGAGAUUAUGUCAGAACUCUGCUAGAGAAACACAACAAAAACAAGGGAUUUGCAUUCACAGUCAGAGACAAGCCAGGCUUCAGACCCGAGUUUCUGCCUCUUACCUACCUGGCAAAAGUACUGUCUGAUGUCGAGGAACAAGCUCUGAACCCAUUCGAGGAGCAGGAAAACGUGGAUGCCAGGUUUGUGGAGGAGACAGCUCUGAAACAGACCCUCAUUCUGCUGGGCUUCGAGGACAAAUAGAGGACAGGGUUGCUGGGAGAGAGGGCACGGCAGACAUGGAUGGAUUAAGGGGGGAAUAGCUGGAUGAUGAGUAAUUUUUUUUGUGAGAGCAGACUUUUUCCUGAGCCUUGAGGACAUGUAAAGACUUGAUGGAUGAUGGUGGAGCAGACAGAGAAACAGUCAAUGAAUGUCAAGAGUGACUGGGAGAAACCCCAUAAACAAGCCUGACUGCCAGGGUUUUGGGACAAGUGGAGGGACAGAUGGACAGAUGAUCAGCUCUGAUACAAAAUUCUCAUAUUCCAUUCGACAGCGUGUUCUGAGUAGUUCUAUAUUUCCACAGAGAGUAGGGAGAAGAACAUUAUGUUUACAUGUUUAUGCAUGCAUAAAUCUAAGGUCAGCAGUGCACGCUGAAAUAAUUCACACAAAUUGGUUACAUGCACGAGGCUCAUGGGACUUCAACACAACAUUUCAAUUGCACUCAGAACUACAUGCAACCACAUUCCUUUAGUUUAAAAGUUACUUGCGAUUCAGCAUAUUAAACCACCGCACUGUGGUGUGAUAUUAACAUACAUCCAGAAAUAGUGGUCAAGCCAACCUUGAAAAUACUUUUCUUUUUGUUGUGUCCAUGUCACAAGUUGUUUGCAGUCCAUUUUAGGGGAUGACAAAGAGUGCAACUGCAAUGAAACUGAGUUACCAAGUUGUGUGGAAAUGUUUGCACAUGUAACAUUAAUCUGAGUAUGGGAAGUGAGAGUGAGAUGAACCACAGCCUGCAAUUCAUAUGGAUCCUGGUGUGAAAAAACACCCUUCCCCCAAAUCUUGAGAUGUUCCACACUUAAUGUAAAAUAUUAGGGGAAUUUAACAGCAAUCUUUGAGAAAAUUUCUCCUACGCUGCAUGUUUCACUUCUGUAUGUACACUCAAAUUGUCGUCAGUCACCUCCCCACAGCCUCCCACCACAACUGCAAAGUACACACCUCUGCUCAGGUGGUGUGAAAACAGCAACAGUAUGGGUGCAUAGAAAGCAUUACCCAACAUAAAAACUAACAGCGAUAUUUAUCUAACUACCCAGUUGGUUUCCUUACCUGUCCAGAAGAAAACAGAGCAUGUCUGCUUCAUCACCUCCCCUUUUUUAUUCUCUCCAGCAGGGAAAGGCUGAGUCUGAAUUGACUUGUUUUUGAACAAGCGCUGUCUUCAGCUCUUUUUCUUUGACCAUAUUUUCUUUUUCUGCUGAGUCCACCAACACUAAGCAAAGCAAGCUGCGCAUAGUGUGCACUAACUACACUGCUUUGAAGAAAUGCGAUGUUGUGCUGCAUCCAAGACAAGUAAGAGCUGGGAAUUUCCUACUUCCGCACAGGAAAUAUACAUUUGAAUGGCGUUUCUGCUCAUAAUUCUCAGUCAGAAAGUUGGGACUCUUAUCUGACCCCGAGAUGUCCCACACGCUCGUCUGUCAGAAAGAUGUCCUAAAUGUUUUUUACAGUCAGUGUACAUUGUUAGCUGUAGUCUGGAUGCAGCUAUAAAUGAGGUGAUAAGUGAGUAAUAUCUUCGCACACACCUGGUUUUAAUCAUGUGCCCACGUGCCCUCGUGCGCCAGCUGUUACUGUAAGCUGAGAAAUUCUGUGGUUGUGGAAGGUUAAAUAAUAAAUGAAUGUGUGCUGUCUGUAAAAAGGAUUACAAACACGUGCGCAUAGUCUCUGUCCCUGCGUGCCAGAUGUGACUAAUUACCAAAGCUCACUUCCAUGCCCUGUCAUGCUUUGAUUCUAGAAAUGACUUGCUCAUAGGAAGUUAUUCAUACAUACUUGCAUAACCAGACAUGACUAAUUCCUGGGUGUGUAUUUCUGUCAAAUUUAUACAAUUGAUUAUACAGGGAAAUUUGUUAAGGUUGUAGUAUCAAAUGCUGUACAUGUGUCAUGAUGAACAACAAUACUUUAAAGAAGGGAGUUUUGCAUCUCAUGUUUCUCAUGUUUACAUAAAAAGAAGUGUUUUGUAUGAUGAAUUGUAAAUAAAGAGAUUUUUCUUACA